AUGACAGAAGCUGCUCGCCACCUUCUGAAAGCCACUUUCCUCUUUCUUGCACUGACUGCCUCUCUGGGCGCCGCCCAGCCCCCCCCCAGCCCUCCGGGGUCUUUUGCUUUUCCACAGGACUACCCAGGAGCUCCUGCUGCUGCUGCUUCUGGGCCUCCAGCAGCUGUUCCCAAUGCGCAGCAAGCUGCGCCUCUUGCAGCCGACAGAAGCCCUCCCGGGGCCCCCGAAGUGACGGAUCCUGCUGCUGCUGCCGCUGCUGCUGCUGCAGCUCCCGUGGCUGCCGAUGCGCCUCCAGCAGGCGCCGAAGGCGCAGCUGCCGGAGCGCCCCCGGGCUUGGCGGCGCCGGGCGCCGGCGGCGCAGCAGCAGCCCCAGGAGCAGCCCCAGGAGCAGCAUCAGGCCCUGCAGCAGCAGCAGCAGCCCCAGCAGCAGCAGCAGCAGGAGGCGCGCAGGGGGGCGCGCUGCUGCAGCAGCUGACGGAGUUUCGCUCGCGGCACCGGAAAACAGUCGACGGGAGACUUUGCGCAGCAGCUUUUGUGCACGAGGGGCAGACCUUCACGGACUGUACAGACACCCGGUCCCCUGAAGGCUCUUCAGGCCGCCAGUGGUGUUACCUGGAGGUGCAGCUGUUGGGCAAGGGGCCCCGCGACUGGGCCUUCUGCGCGGCCCCGCUGGACUACAAUGCGCUGCGCGCUUUCGUCAGGAAAGAAUUCGACGCCGUUUUCGCCGCGAACGAACAAAUGAUCGAGGCCCUCGAUCUCGAGGAGAGAAGGCUGCAGGACAUGUUCAGCCGGUUUAAGACUGCAUGCGGGGCGGGCCACGCCGCAGUGAAGAAGACCACUGGUCACGUGGAGAGCCGGCUGCGGCGGGGAAUGGAGUGCCUGGAAAGACUCGAAGACUCUUUGCAAGAAUUGGGACUUCAAGACUAUGAAGACGAACCGCUCCCAGAUGGACUCCGGGGAGCCUAUUUUGCAAACGACCGCUUCCGCGCGCCGGCCGCGGCGUACCGAAACGACCGCAAGAUUGAUUUCCUGUUUUUUGCAGAAGGGCCCAUCGAGGGCGUUCCUCCGUUUUCUUAUUCGAUUCGGUGGGACGGGUUUCUGUUGGCGCCCCACAGCGGGCCGUUCGUGUUCACGACGGAAAGCGACUGCGGAGUGCGGGUGUUCCUGAACGAACACGCAGUCAUCGUGGACCGCAUGCCGCAGCCGACGGAAGAAGAGGCUUUCGCCUUCAACUCCGUUCCUCUCGUUUCUCCCGAAGAAGUUUCCAAAAUUAAAAAAACGGAAUCCAAAAAAACGGAACUCGUCGCCGGCGAGAAGUACAGAAUCCGGCUGGAGCUGGUGCACUCCAGCCACUUGAAAUACAGCCACCCGGACACGGGGGUUCUGAGGCAAGCGCGCUGCAGCUUCUCGGACUUGGCCGCACUUCUCUUUUUCGAAUUUAAAUUCAAUUUUAAUUUGCAAACUCUUCAAACAGACUCCUGUGGAGGAGCGGCGCGAAGGAGUCGGAGGCUGGACCCGAAACUCUUCGAAACUGGCUUUCUGCGCGACGGAGUGCAGCCGUUUCUAGACAACAAAGACCACUUCCUGGCGGACGUGCCGCUGCGCUUCCUGGGCCGGCGGCUGCUGCUGUCGCUACACCAGCCCAACAUGUCGGGCUUCUCUUUCGAACUAAAUGGCCCUUCACUUUUAUUUGUUGCUUCUCCGAAAGAAGAGCUGCUGCCGCUGGAAGCAGCAGCGGAAGGGCCCCCCUGGAGGGCCCACGACACCCGCGAAAGCCUCACGCUGCUCUCCGGAGAAGACGCCAGCGGGAGGGCCCUCGAGGCCACGAAAAUGCAAAUUCGAUUUAUUUCAUUUAAAGCUUCGGAGGAAAUUAAAUUCAAACUUUCCAAAACUGCAGUUCCUUUUCUUUUUUUCGCGGAGCCGCGGCGCGGGGAGGCGCUGUCUUGCGACGCCGAAGAAGUCCUUCUUUCGCUGCCCGGAGGCCCCGCGUUCGCCAACUGCGAAGCCACUUCGGAGCGCCCCGGAGGCUUCGACUGCCGCGCGGGCCUCAACGGCCAGCACCUGGACAGGAGCUUCGGGGCGUGGAAGACGCGGGGGCCUGGCAAGAAAACUCAGUUUCGCUUCAAGCCGCUGGACGACCAGCUGCUGUGGCCCUCGAAGAUAACUUUGUCUUUCACAGAAGACGGAGACGAGGAGACGGAGACCUUCGCAAUGUUCCAUUCAAAUUCCCUCGAGAAGAACACCCACAAGCUCCGGGAGCCAGUGACAACCCAAUACGUAAAAGCCGAAAUUUCGGAAACUUUUGUAAACGGAAUGGACAGCGGAGGCUCUUUUGAAUUCCUGGGGAGUGUCUGUACACCUGCGUGGCGGCAGCAGCAAGCUGCUGUUGCAGAGCGUCGGAAAUGCGAUCAAAACCUCGAAACUCUCCCCGAAAUCGCCCCCGUCGAAGAGGGCCUCCAGUUCGUCGCCGUCUGCCCCCCCCGCUGCCUGGGGGCCCCCGGGGGCCCCCUUUUUGGGUCUUUUGUAUUUUCCCCCUCUUCUUCUCUUUGUGCUGCUGCCGUUUUCUCGGGAGUCUGCAAGGGCCCCCCCGCCUCUGCAGCAGCAGCAGCAGCAGCAGCAGCGGAGGAGGAGUGCAGCUUCCGGGUCUCGGUCGGGGGCCCGAAGACCCAGUUUCAAAAGGGCUUUCGAAACGGUCUUGCUGCUGCUGCUCAGGGCCCCUCCGACUUUUCCUUUUCUCUUUCCAGGGGCCCCUGUGGGCCCCCAAAGGAGGCCGCCGAGUUUUCCCUCAGCUUCCUCUUCGGGACUUCGAAGGCCCCGCAGGGCUUUCUCGCUGACGACGGUGGAGUCCGCAGCAGCAAAAACGGCUUCGAGUAUGGGUGGCAGCGGCCUGCGGCUGUCACAAGGUCUGCAGCGGCAGCAGAAGCAGCAGCAGCAGCAACAGCAGCAGAAGCAACAGGAGCAGCAGAAGCAGCAGCAGCAAAAGCAGCAGAAGCAGCAGCAGAAGCAGCAGCAGCAGCACCAACCACCGGCGUCGUCUUUCCUUCACCUGCAAACGCCGGCUGCAGCGUCGGAGCCGAAUGUCUUCCAAACUUUUGGUCUCUGAAACUUCCUUCCCCCGGGACUUACAGCGUGGAAGUGCUGCUGGGGCUUCCUUUUGAAUUUGCUGCUGCUGCUGCUGCUGCACCUGCUGCUGCUGCUGCAGCUCCUGCUGCUGCUGCGCUGCACUUGGAAGUUAACGGAAAGCCCCUCGUUUCCGGAGUGCUGCUGCACCAGGGAGAGGUCUACACGGCAGCAGCAAAAGUGGAGAGCCGCGAGGGUUUGCUGCUGCUGUCUUCGCUUGGCAGCAAAAGUGCCUUUGAAGACAAAACUGCCAUUUACAAACUUUCUGUUUCUCAGCAGCAAAAAAAUUAA